CCCCCUCUCGGGGAAUGGUUCCUUCCGGCUUCCUAGCCGUAACCUCCCCGCCCCCGCCGCUAGUGCCCAGCCCGGCAGACGGCGGAGCGGGUGCUGCCGCCCGGGAGGGCUCCGCCGCGCCGCCCGUGACGGCCCCGCCUCGCCCGGCGCGGCCCCGCACCAGCCCUGCGCCCCCCGCGGGGGCCGGAGCGCGCCGGGGCCGCCCCGCUCGCCCGCAAGCAAAAUUUUCAUGUCAGACAACUUGGAUGGGAUUCAUCUCGUCAACACUUACACAUCUACAAUCCAGAUACCUACAGCUGUCUACACUGACAGUAUAGACACUGAUGGUGAAGGCAGCUCAGAUAUAACCUGCUCCCCUGUAGGAAUCUUCAUUUAUUCAGAAUUAAUAUUUGCUACAACCAGAGAUUAAAAUGGUAUGACUAGAGCUUUAAAUAAUUUGGCUUUGAUAGCCCCAUCAUUUUCUGAGAACUUGGAACGGAAUUUGGACUCUGCUUCUGAACUACUCUAGAUUAUAAUGCCAUCCUUGCCUAAUGAGGGAGAUAACCAUGGAACCACUCGUCUGACUUUGAGUUCGGAACUACCUUAUCAAAGCACAAUUAAAAGAAAAGUCAGGAAGAAGAAGAAUGGAGUCAUCACUGCAAAUGUUGCUGGCACAAAAUACGAAAUUGUACGUGUAGUAAUACGAGAAAUGGGAUUUGUGAAAACACGUGAUGAAGAUGAAACAGCAAAUCUUAUUUGGAGUGAUUGUGCUGUGCAACAAGAAAAAAUUGCUGAGCUUCGGAACUACCAGAGAAUCAACCAUUUUCCAGGAAUGGGAGAGAUCUGCAGAAAGGAUUUCCUGGCAAGAAACAUGACUAAAAUGAUCAAGUGUCAGCCUCAGGAGUAUAGUUUUAUUCCUCGGACGUGGAUCUUCCCUGCAGAAUACACACAGUUUCAGAACUAUGUAAAAGAACUGAAGAAGAAACGUAGACAGAAGACUUUCAUAGUCAAACCAGCUAAUGGUGCAAUGGGGCAUGGAAUCUCUUUAAUAAGAAAUGGAGAAAAAUUACAGGCCCAGGAUCACUUGAUUGUCCAGGAAUAUCUUGACAAACCCUUUCUUAUGGAAGGCUACAAGUUUGAUUUACGCAUAUAUAUUCUUGUAACCUCCUGUGAUCCAUUAAAAGUAUUUUUAUAUCAUGAUGGGCUGGUGAGAAUGGGCACAGAGAAAUAUCAUCCACCCAGUGACUCAAAUUUGAGCCAAUUGUAUAUGCAUCUGACUAAUUACUCUGUCAAUAAACAUAACGAACAUUUUGAACGGGAUGAAACAGAAGACAAAGGAAGUAAACGAUCCAUUAAAUGGUUUACUGAGUUUCUAGAAACAAAUAACCUUGAUGUCUCGAAAUUCUGGAAUGAUAUUUCAGAGUUAGUAGUGAAGACUCUCAUAGUUGCAGAGCCACAUGUUCUUCAUGCUUAUCGCAUGUGCAGGCCAGGGCAAGCACCAGGAAGCGACAGUGUCUGCUUUGAAGUCCUGGGAUUUGAUAUUCUGCUGGACAGAAAACUAAAACCAUGGCUCUUGGAGAUUAAUCGUGCCCCAAGCUUUGGAACUGAUCAAAAAAUAGACUAUGAUGUAAAAAAAGGUGUUCUGCUAAAUGCAUUAAAGCUACUCAACAUACGGACAAGUGAUAAAAGGAGAAACUUAGCCCAACAGAAAGCUGAAGCUCAAAAAAGACUGUAUGGUCAAGGCUCUAUGAAAAGACUGUUGCCAGGUUCCUCAGACUGGGAAAAACAGCGCCACACACUGGAAAGGAGAAAAGAAGAACUGAAAGAAAGACUUGCACAAGUACGUAAACAGAUCUCCAAAGAAGAGCAUGAAAAUAGACACAUGGGGAACUACAGGCGAAUUUACCCUCCCGAUGAUAAGACUUUACUUGAAAAAUAUGAGAGUUUGUUAGCCACUGCUUUCCAGACAUUCCUUGCCGGGAGAGCAGCUUCACUUCAGCGGGAAAUGAAUAACCCUUUAAAAAGAAUGAAGGAAGAGGAUAUUUUGGAUCUUCUGGAGCAAUGUGAAAUAGAUGAUGAAAAACUAAUGGGAAAAUCCACGAGACAGCGAGGACCUAAGCCCUUGUUUUCUAUGCCAGAAAGUGCACAGACCUUAAGAAAACUUAGGAGCUACAAUAGUGACAGUAGCUGUGAUAGCAGUAGCAAUGUGUCAGAAUCAGAAGAAGAAACUGAAAAGGAGGAUAACAAUGAAAAAAAGGAGAAAAAAGUAUCAUAUGAUCUUGAAGAAAAUAAAUAUAGAGCUUUGGAACGAUCAGGUAGAAUGAACUGGAAACCUUCGAUUAAAAAUAUAAAAGCUCCAUCACAUUCAUCCUCCACAUCAUGCACAGGUCCAAUAAGACGUUCUGUAAGUUGUCCUCGUUCAAUAUCAGUAUUGACUACGCAGUCGCAAGCAGCUGAGCAACGUCCCCUUUCAGCCAAAGCAUCUCUGCAAAUCCAGCGUGCAUCCUCUGUGAACAGGUCCCACUCUUUAAAUCGCAGCCCUUGUUCAGCCAGAGUCUCUCAGGCACCGAGCUUGGGAACUAUGAUUUCUUCAGGGACUGAGUCUUUGCUGCAACAGAGAACAAAAGAGCAAGAAGAUGCUUUGACAAAAGAGGCUCUUCUCAUUUUCAAUGACAUGAGAAUGAAGUUCCCAGGAAAAACAGAUGAAGAGGCAGAAUUAAUUAUAGAAGAUAUUAUGGAUAAUUGGAAACACCAUAAAACAAAAGUGGCAUCGUAUUGGUUGGUAAAACUGGAUUCUGUAAAGCAACGAAAAGUUUUAGACAUAGUCAAGACAAGCGUUCGUGCAGUUCUACAGCAUGUCUGGAAGGCUCCAGACGUUGAAAAUUUACAUUUGUACCGUCUUUUUAACCGCGUAUUUAAUCGCUUACUUUGGAGCCAUGGCCAAGGCCUGUGGAACAGUUUCUGUAAUUCAGGGAGCUCUUGGGAAACCAUAUUCAGUAAAAGCACAGAGGUGGUGACUCCUGAGCAACUCCAGUGUUGCCAACGCAUAGUCCAGCUUUGUAAACAGUGCCUGCUAGUGGUGUACAAAUACUCAUCCGAUUCCAGAGGUUCCCUGACUGGCAUUAGCCCCAAAUGGGAUGAUACGAGGUAUUUAUUGCCAGGACCUUCACAGUUCAUCACGAAAUCAUCUUCUUCCAACCUUAGCUGCAGUUCAUCUGGAAUGCCUCGUCCUAACAUUUUGUUUACACACAGAUAUAGUCACUUGUGAAACAAAAGGAGAAUUGCUGUUCCUUGUAAAUAAUGGCACGCCAUUUUUUUCAAAUUAAAACUUGUGAUGGAGCGGAACAUAAGUAUCGUUAUAUUUACUACCAUAUUAUGAAAACAUUUAGCUGAAAACCUAUUGCAAAAGCAUAGCCUCUCUGGAAACAUAAUAAACCUUGUUUAAGUUGUUUACGCACAUAUGUGAAUGUGUAGAUCUUGCUAGGUUUAUAAGGAAUUCCUUCCUACUAGAAAUGUUAUUUUUGCUGCAGAAUAUAUAAAAAUGGAAUUGAUCUUGAAGAUCCAAUUACAGUGUUACAUUAUUUUAUAAGUAGAAUACUUUGACUUAAAUAUUUAUUUUAAAAUAUGCUAUUUAUUGUCUCAUAUGUAAUUGAUCCUUUAACAAGAUAGGUGAUUAAAAAACUGUAGUAGAACAGUAGAACAGUAAUAGUCACUGAAUGUAGUCUGCUUAUUCCUAGGACACACAAAAAAACCCCGACUCUACAAGCUAAAAUCUAAAGCAGGCAUCGUUUUAUUUCUCCUCUGAAACUACAAGAUCUAUUUAUUCAUGUUAUACUUCUUUAAGGAGAUGGUAUAGUAUCUUUUAGUCAAAGUCAAUCCAAUCCAAUAGGCAAAUAUUAAAAAUACCAGUUCUGGCAUUCGGUUUCUAAUUGGAUUCUUGUAAUAAAACAGAACCCAAUAUUUGUUACCAGACUUUCAUUCACAUUACCAAUGUCUUGUGCCUUUAAGUUUCCUUUGGGAGUGAGCAGUCAUCUGCAACUCAUACAAGCAUGCACAGUGGAUAGUUUUUCUGUUUUACUAUACAAAUGGUAUAGCAGAUAUUUUUAGAAAUUACUGCAGCUAUAAUAUAUUAUUGAACCUUAAACUAAUUGGUUUGAUGUAGUUUUUAGCAUACAAUCCAGUAUGUGCUGUGGAAUGUGUCCUGGAAUGGUCAGUAUUUUCUUGCCUUGCUGACUCCUCUAAAUGCUGGAGAUAUAAUUCGUUAGAAAGCUCUCCUUCAGAUUCAGCUCUCUGAGCUUGGCUGAAGGGGUCAAUAAGAAACUGAUAUAACUCAGAGCCAGAGCAGGAACCCAGUAGUAACAGGAUUUGUCACUGCAAAACCUCAUUCCGGUAUCUCUACAUACACCCAUUCAUCCCAUUCAGCAUUGUGCCAUAUGGGCCUUACUCAUUAUAUAAAUAAUUAUUAAAAAUUCAGUUAAUUUAGAUUUAAAAAUGAAUUAGGUUUUCUAACAGAGUAAAGAAGAGAGUAGUUAUUAUUUACCAAAGACCUGUUUACUUUUCAAUAACAUAACCUUGAAAUUUUGUUUGGAAGUUAUCAAUGUGUUUCAGGUAAUUAAAAAAAAUUAAUUUAGGAGUUAAUUGUCCUCAGGAGCGGGUAUGUUAAAGGUUUUUGAAUAUCCAGAGAUUUAAGACAAAUUGAGACUGAAAUUGUCUGGAAUUUAAUUUUUUAAAUCAUAGUCAUAGUAUAUAUCAAACUGGGAAUUUUGGUGAGAUUUUGAUGCCUGUGCUGUAGUGCCCCAGCUCUGGAAUUGCAGGAUACAUCAUAGCAAGACUAUUUAUAAAUAAUUAAAAAAACUCUGAGGUUAACCAGGUAUCAGCAAUCUUCUGUUCCAGUUAAAUAUCUUCCAUUUUCAAGGUAAUAGCAGUUUUGUAAUGUAGUAUGUUCACAUCAGUUCACUUUGUAUAUCUCUUUUGGUCCAUACACUGACUACUGAUAAAGCAUACUAUGAUUAUCUGUAAGACCUAAUAAAAUCUAAAAAUUCUCUCUU